AUGGGAAGAGAAGAAGGCCACGGUGGAAGAAUCUUUGAGACGGCUGUACGAUUUGGGGCCGAAAGAGCGGCCGAGCAUAGAUCCACCGCCAACUUAGUGGAAUUUCUUCACGAAGGUCCAGAAGAUGAUGCACUCGAGCCCGAGGAAGUAGAGUUGGCGCCAAGCAAGAUGGAGGAUUCGAAGGCGAAAGUUCAAGACCCUUUGGUGGAAAUCAACUUGGGGACAGAAGACAACCAUCAAUCAAUCUACAUUAGGUCUAAUGGAGCCAGAACUUUGGGCCAAGAUGGAAGAGCUUUUAAGAGGGUUCAAGGAUUGCUUCGCUUGGGAACACACUGA